GCAAUUCGUGAUCUCGCUCUCCAACGAGAGCAGAUGACCGCGCAAGUGAAGGGCACAUAUGCUUCUGCGGUGAAGAGUGGUCCGGUAGGUGGGUACGGCAAGCAUGUCCUUUGGCGGAAAAAGCGACAGGAUCACAUGCUUGUCGUUUUCGACGACGAUACCGUAGAGAAACUACGUCUCGACGAGUCCGAGGGAGGAGGAGGUGAUGGCGACGGCGAGUCCGGGAAGGGUGACAUCGUUGCUGUAGUGGCCAACAAGGGUGGCCCAAGUCAGUGGAAGAAGAAGAAGAGGCCACACUCGUUCCCCGAGCAUUCCGACAUCGCGUACGGGAAGCCUCGUGAGAAGAUGGGAAUGACACGUGAGGAGUGCCAGUCCAAGAUGGAUAAUCGCCAAUGCCUCGGAACCGUGAGGCACGUGAUAGCCUGAAACACAUGGCACAACCAUGAUGGACAAACUAACCCACAGGAAAUAGAGAUGCAACAUGAAGCAGAGGCGCAAAGGGAGAGAUGGAGUAUGCUAUCUCCUGUGACUUGCAAAGAUGGGAUGUGCGGAACCUUUGUCCUGAAGACAUUCACCUCAUUGUCACUAGUGAUGGGACUCGAUGCACCAAUUGGCAAACCAGUAUAUUAUACCAUACUUGCAGAAAGACAAGGAGAAGCGGAGCUGGGUGCCGUACACCUCGUGGAGUCGUCGCCAGAAUCGGCUGGUAAAGCGCGGGUCACGGUCAGAUAUGAUGCUCAGAGGUAAGCCAUGGUCACGCACGACUCGGUCAAACACGAUGUCGGCGACCUCACGUGAACUGAUGGCAUAGCGGCACGGAACAAAGUGUGCACGCUUCG